CGCCACGUGGGUGCGGUGGACUGCGCAGCGUGUAGCAGGUUGCCACCUCUUGUCCAAGAAGUGAGCCAGUGACAUGGUGUCUCGGGAGGCCACUGUGUCCGCCCAGUGCCUGUGCCCCGCUGCAGCUGGCCUGGGUGUCAAGGAUGUGCUUCGGAAGAAGCCCAAGAGGCGGAGCCGGCAGCACCAGCGGGUCCUGGCACAGCGCAAGGUGCUACCCCAACCGCCACCACUGGGCCCCAGUGCAUCCCCUAGGCCUGGGCCCUCCAGGGAACCACGGUGCCGAGGGAGACUGCGUCCCAGGGCAUCUGCAGGGUGCGUGGCCUCACCCAGCAAAUACGUGGCCAUCGACUGUGAGAUGGUGGGCACAGGGCCCCAGGGCCGAGUAAGCGAGCUGGCCCGCUGCUCCGUGGUCAGCUAUCACGGCGACGUCCUGUAUGACAAGUACGUCCUUCCCGAACAGCCCAUCACUGACUUUCGCAGCCGAUGGAGCGGGAUCACGCCGCAGCACAUGGCCAAAGCCAUCCCCUUCCAGGUGGCCCAGAAGGAGAUCCUGAAGCUGCUGAAGGGGAAGGUGGUGGUGGGCCACGCAGUGCACAAUGACUUCCAGGUGCUCAAGUACACCCAUCCACGCAGCCACAUCCGAGACACCACCUGCGUGCCCAGACUGCUGAGCUCUGGCGGGCCCCCCAAGGCUCGUGUGUCCCUCAAGGACCUGGCCCUGCAUCUGCUGCACAAAAAGAUCCAGGUGGGUCACCAUGGACACUCAUCAGUGGAGGAUGCCGCCACAGCCAUGGAGCUGUACCAGCUGGUAGAGCACCGCUGGGAGGAGAAGAUGCGCCGCUUCUGCACCCAGCAGGAAGACCAAGAGGAUGACAGUAGCUCUGACAUGCAGCAGUUCAUGGAUGACCGCUACUGGCCCGACGACCUGGGCCCCAGUCCUGCGGCUGGAGGAGGAGGGACACCGAGUUCCCCUGGGGACUAGUGGACUCAGUUUCUCAGUGAGGCUCUCUCUGUACCUCUCCCACCCCUGGGGUUUGGCCAGGAGAUACCAGGAGCUUCGAAAGCAGAUCCCAGACCCUUUACGGGAUCCACGUGGGGUUUGUCCCCAGAUGAAGUUCCAGCAGGAUGGUACCUGGGGUUGCAGUGAGGAGUAUUUUCAUACUCAGAUCUCAUCCUGGUCUCCCUGGGCCGCUGGCUCAAGGAAACGAAGCUGCUGAUGUUUUAGCGGCACCUGUCUUGAC